GAUGAAAUCGGGUCUUAACCCUAAAAAUGUUGUAUUCGCGGGAAUCUGACGUCUAAAUUCAGUGCAUACAAACAUUUAUGGUCAAUUUAAAACUGAAUUGAAUAGUUUUUAGACUAAAAGAUGGACACAAACGCAAGAAGGAGACGAGCACAUAAAACGAUAAUUGAUACAUGUUCAGAGCUGUACAGUCACGAUGUAAGUUUAUACGAAGAGAUACCUAGAACGGAAAUACAACUAGCAGAGUUCCAAGAACUCGCAGUAGAUCGAGUACAAUUAUUGAGAAUUGUUGAACAAAGCUCAUUAAAGGGGUACAAGUUCUUCUCAGACGAAUGGAAGAAAUGUAUCAAAGAUGAUUUAAUAAAGAACAACUUGAAAAAGUACGUUCGCCUUAUGAGUGGCUUAUGUGGACACACUGAACUGGAUAUCCAAGCUAGAAGGGCAGAUCAUAUAUCCCAUUACAUCUUAAGAUUGGCAUAUUGUCGCAGCGAGGAUUUGCGACGAUGGUUUUUGGCUCGAGAAUUAGACUGGUUUAGAAUUAAGUUUGCAGCUCAGAGCUCAUCAGCGAUACAGAAUUUUUUGAAGCUAAAUACGCUGAAUUAUACGCCAAUUUCCCAUGAGUGCAAGGAAGGUCUAAAGGAUCAGCUGACAGAAUCAACUAUGGGAUUAACUGAUGUAAUGGUUACCACAUCUGAUUUCUACAAAGUUUCUUUCCUGGAUGUUCUGCCCUUGAUUAGAAGUAGAAAGGUAUUUUUGAAAGAAGGGUACGCAUAUAUCCCAACUGCGGAUCUUGUAGUUUGCAUACAGUCGAAAUUCAGGAGCAAACUGAGUGAAGCGUUAAAUCAAAUAAAUCACAAAUUGCCUCUUCUUGAUGAUGAAAGGCUAAGUGAUUUAUGCAAUCUGCAUCAAACAUAUACCGGACAAGAGUAUGUGGUUGGAAAUAAUAAGAAUUCCAUAAAUCCCGCAGAUAUUGAUCAAUUUUCAAGCAAACACUAUCCAUUGUGCAUGAGGCAUCUUCAUGAAGUUUUGAGAACUAAUCACCAUUUAAAGCACAAUGCCAGAUUAAUUUAUGGACUGUACCUGAAGGGCAUAGGUUUACAGUAUGAGCAAUUUAUUGAAUUCUGGCGACAAGAAUUUACUAAAGUUAUGGAUGGUGAAAAGUUCAACAAAGAGCACUUGUACAACUUCAAUCAUCAAUUUGGAAAAGUUGGAAAAAUGACGGAUUAUUCUCCCUACAGUUGCAUGAAAAUAAUCAUGGGCAAUGUAGGUCCUGGUGAAUCACACGGCUGUCCUUUCAAGCAUUCGGAGCCUGCCGUCUUAAAGUCCAAGCUAAAUGAAUAUGGUGUUUCCACAGAUGGUUUAACUGAAAUUAUGUCACUAGUGAAAAAUGGCCAUUAUCAAAUCGCUUGUACUAAGUAUUUUGAACAUGUACAUUUACAACCGCCCACUAUUACUAUCAAUCAUCCGAACCAAUAUUUUGAAGAAAGUAGGAACUUAUCCAUAGAUAAGGAUAAAUCUCUCAGAAUAUAGAAUUAAUUUUAUAUAACAUUUUUGUAUCAUAUUCAAUAAACAUUUAUAGUCCCGCUA